ACAUGUGCUCACAGGAAGACUUCCAGGCACAGAGGAGCCAGCUGGUGGCACUGUUGGUCUCAGGGUCCUUGGAGGGCUUUGAGAGCAUCUUAGACUGGCUGCUGUCUUGGGACGUGCUCUCCAGGGAGGAUUAUGAGGGCCUCAGCCUCCCUGGCCAACCUCUCUCUCAUUCUGCCAGGCGUCUGCUGGACACAGUCUGGAACAAGGGUGUCUGGGGCUGUCAGAAGCUCCUUGAAGCUGUGCAGGAGGCCCAAGCCAACAGUCACACCUUUGAACUGCAUGGGUGCUGGGACACUAACUCCCUUCAUCCAGCCAGAGACCUGCAGAGUCACCGGCCGGCCAUUGUGCGGAGACUCUACAACCAUGUAGAAGCCGUGCUGGAGCUGGCAAGGGAGCGGGGUUUUCUGAGCCAGUACGAGUGUGAGGAGAUCAGGCUGCCAAUCUUCACGUCGUCUCAGAGGGCAAGAAGGCUGCUUGAUCUCGCUGCAGUGAAGGCAAAUGGACUGGCUGCUUUCCUUCUCCAGCACAUCAGGGAAUUACCAGCUUCACUGUCUCUGCCUUACGAGGCUGCUGAGUGUCAGAAGUUCGUAUCUAAGCUGAGGACCAUGGUGUCAGCUCAGUCUCGCUUCCUCAGUACUUACGAUGGGUCAGAGAAUCUUUGCCUGGAGGAUGUAUACACGGAGAACAUCUUGGAGCUACGGACAGAGGUGGGCACAGCUGGGGCCUUGCAGAAGAGCCCUGCCAUCCUGAGCCUGGAGGAACUCUUUGGUACCCAUGGCCACUUGAACAAAGAUGCAGACACUAUACUGGUAGUGGGCGAAGCGGGCAGUGGUAAGAGCACUCUUCUGCAGCGUUUGCACUUGUUGUGGGCAACAGGACAGAACUUCCAGGAGUUUCUCUUCAUUUUCCCAUUCAGCUGCCGGCAGCUGCAAUGCAUGGCCAACCCGCUGUCCCUGAGGACGCUGCUCUUUGAGCAUUGCUGUUGGCCUGAUGUUGGUCAGAACGAUGUCUUCCAGUUCCUCCUUGACCAUCCUGACCGUGUCCUGUUAACCUUUGAUGGCUUGGAUGAAUUCAAGUUCCGGUUCACAGACCGGGAGCGCCACUGCUCUCCGAUGGACCCCACGUCAGUCCAGACUCUGCUUUUCAACCUUCUUCAGGGGAACCUGCUGAAGAAUGCCUGCAAGGUGCUGACCAGCCGCCCGGAUGCUGUGUCGGCGCUCCUCAGGAAGUUCGUCCGUACAGAGUGCCACCUUAAGGGCUUCUCCGAAGAGGGCAUCAAACUGUACCUGAGAAAGCACCACCGGGAACCUGGGGUGGCAGACCGCCUCAUCCACCUGAUCCAAGCCACCUCGUCUCUGCAUGGUUUGUGCCACCUCCCUGUCUUCUCAUGGAUGGUAUCCAGAUGUCACCGGGAACUUCUGUUGCAAAACAGGGGCUUCCCAACAACUAGCACGGACAUGUAUCUUCUGAUCCUGCAGCAUUUUCUGUUGCAUGCCUCCCCUCCGGACUCCUUCCCGAUUGGUCUGGGACCUAGACUCCUCCAAAGCCGGCUCUCCACCCUCCUGCACCUUGGCCACCUGGCUCUCCAGGGCCUGGCCAUGAGCUGCUACGUGUUCUCAGCCCAGCAGCUCCAGGCAGCACAGGUUGACGCUGAUGAUAUGUCUCUUGGUUUCCUGGUACGUGCCCAAAGUGUUGUGCCCGGGAGCAAGGCACCCCUGGAAUUCUUGCACAUUACCUUCCAGUGCUUUUUUGCCGCUUUCUACUUGGCUGUCAGUGCUGACACGUCAGCGGCCUCUCUCAAGCACCUAUUCCGGUGUGGCCGGCUGGGCAGUUCACUGAUGGAAAGGCUGCUGCCCAACCUGUGUAUCCAAGGCUCCAGAGUCAAGAAGGGCAGCCAAGCGGCCCGGCUGCAGAAGGCUGAGCCACACAACCUGCAGAUCACAGCGGCCUUCCUAGCGGGUCUGUUGUCCCAGCAGCAUCGGGACCUGUUGGCCGCGUGCCAGGUCUCCGAGAGGGUGCUGCUCCAGCGUCAGGCACGUGUCCGCUCAUGUCUGGCCCACAGCCUCCGUGAACACUUCCAUUCCAUCCCGCCUGCCGUGCCGGGUGAGACCAAGAGCAUGCAUGCCAUGCCUGGCUUCAUUUGGCUCAUCCGGAGCCUGUACGAGAUGCAGGAGGAGCAGCUGGCCCAGGAGGCUGUACGUCGCUUGGACAUCGGGCACCUGAAGUUGACAUUUUGCAGAGUGGGCCCUGCCGAGUGUGCUGCUCUGGCCUUUGUACUACAGCACCUCCAGCGGCCAGUGGCCCUGCAGCUGGAUUUCAACUCUGUGGGAGAUGUUGGAGUGGAACAGCUGCUGCCGUGCCUUGGUGUCUGCACAGCUCUGUAUUUGCGAGAUAACAACAUCUCAGAUCGAGGUGCCCACACGCUCGUUGAGUGUGCUCUUCGCUGUGAGCAGCUCCAGAAGCUAGCUCUCUUCAACAACAAACUCACAGAUGGCUGUGCCUACUCCAUGGCCAAGCUCCUUGCGCACAAGCAGAACUUCUUGUCCCUGAGGGUGGGGAACAAUCACAUUACAGCUGCUGGAGCCGAGGUGCUGGCCCAGGGGCUCAAGAGCAACACCUCCCUGCAGUUCCUGGGGUUCUGGGGCAACAGCGUGGGUGAUAAGGGCGCCCAAGCCCUGGCUGAAGUUGUGGCCCAUCACCGGAGCUUGAAGUGGCUCAGCUUGGUAGGAAACAACAUUGGCAGUGUGGGGGCCCAAGCCCUAGCACGGAUGCUGGAGAAGAACAAGUCACUAGAGGAACUCUGCCUAGAGGAAAACCAUAUCUGUGAUGAAGGGGUGUGUUCUCUCGCAGAAGGACUCAAGAGAAAUUCAUCUUUGAAAUUCUUGAAACUGUCCAACAAUGGCAUUACCUACCAGGGUGCAGAAGCCCUCCUGCAGGCCCUCAACAGGAACAGUACCAUUCUGGAAGUUUGGCUUCGAGGGAACACUUUCUCUCUGGAGGAAAUCCAAACACUCAGCUCCAGUGACACCAGACUUCUGCUGUGACAUCUCAGCUUGAGAGUGGGCCGUGGAGGCCUGGACUCUGGAGCCUGAAUAACAUCAGGCAGUAUCUCUGAGCUACUCAGGUCUGGAUUUUGUUUUUCUGGAUACAGUUUAGUCACCUUCUGAGUGCAGAGAAACGCACCCCAAUGCUGUCCGGAAUUGACUUUUCCCAAGGAGGCAUGAUGAUUGGUCUUGGUUGUUAACUGACUUAAGAGACUCGUGAGCCGAGAGGACUGCACUUCUGUCUCUAGAGAGGAUCAUCAUAUAGGAUUAGCGACUGAAAAGGGAAAGGCCCUAGCUGCAUGUGGGUGACACAAUCCUCUGGGUGCCCCAUGGGAGGAAGAUGAAGGAGGAGGAAGAUAUCGUAUACUUGCAUAUGUGAGCUCUUCUGAGUGAGGACAUCUAUGGCUGCUGCCCUCACGUUUGAACAGCAGACUCUAGCAUCUUUGACCUUUGAACAUGGACCCAUCACCAGUGAGGUUUUAGGGAGUUUUCAGGACUGGACUUGGAUGGAACACUGAAGCCUCUGUCGAGCUUCUCCGGCUGGACGGCUGGACGGCUACCAGGUUCUCUGCCUCUCCAGAUGACCACUGUUGGACUACCCCAUCUGGAUGGUACUCCAGGGAUGGGAGGAGCUCAAGAGGACCCCUCGGUUACUAUGUUGCUGACCUCUGGCUGAAUGACCGGGGUUCUGAUGGGGGUCAGUGGGACGCAUGGACACUAACUGAGCGCCUGGUGGUGUGGAGACCUGGAUCUACAUACAAGACACCUUCCUUCACUUUUUUGAAGAGGAGUAUUCAGGAAGCAGUUUUGGCCAUGUCUGGACUCAGCUCACCCUCGAAGGCCAUCCCACUCUGGUACCCCCAUUCACCCUGCAUGAGGCCCAACAGGACCUCAACCCAGACAACCAACAUGAUACCCUGCUCUCCUUUCUUAACACAAA